AUGAGUACAAACCGCAGCCAUCCAACAGCCAUCAGACCAUCCAAAGCAGAAAUCCAAAGAGGUAGUCUCACUCCGCAGAACGUAGAGAUUGCCAUGCGUAGCUUGCACCAUGAUGGUUUAGUGGUCGUGAACGAUGUUGUACCUCAUGAGACCCUCGACCAACUCAACGAGAAAAUGGUGCAAGACGCAUAUACGCUGUACGCCCGAAAGGAGAACAGUCCAUUCAACUACAACCCCAACAACAUCCAGCAAGACCCGCCGCCUAUGCGACAGUAUUUUGACGCUCGAAUCUUCCUCAGUAGGUGCCAGUCGGAGACAACCCCCCGCCUCUCGGAAAAUAAUAGCCCAACCCCAAUGACUGACGAUCUCAAAGAUCCAAUUGCAACCCAGCUCACAUCGACUGCCCUUGGUCCACUCCCCAAAUGGACCUUUUGCUCAGGCAACUCAGCCAUGCCACCCACAGCUGAAAACCCACCAGUUUCGCAGCCCGUACACACCGACGCAGACUUUGACCACCCAAGCCACCCCUUUGCAUACGUUGUAAAUAUCCCGUUGAUUGAAAUGACUCCGGAGAAUGGCUCUACGGAGGUGUGGCUGGGCACCCAUCAAGAGACUGAUCUUAGCUUCCAAGACGGCCAGCACGGUGAACGCGCCAGCGGUCGAAUCAAAAUCGCGGAGCUCGAAAAGCGCCGGGCCAUCCGACCUCCAUGUCAGCCCACUGUUCCUAAGGGCUCGAUUGUCAUCCGGGAUCUGCGACUUUGGCACGCUGGGAUUGGGAACCAGACUGACACCGUCCGAGUGAUGCUGGCGAUGAGUGAGUCUUCACAGUACAGCCCUCCCCAGGAUCCAUGGCUAAUUUGUUCCGCUCAAUCAGUUCACUUUGCACCUUGGUACCGCAAUCCGAUGCGGUUACAGCUCGCUGACGAUCUGAAGCCAUUGAUCGAAGCUUCCAACUCGUUAGAGAUCCCGGUCGAUUGGGACACUAGAGCGGCGGUGGCCGCCCAAUACCUGAAUCGGGCAUUUGGCAACGCAUAUGACUUCAGCCAAGGAACGAAUGCUCAGUGA